AAUAAUUCUUGCACAGUUGACCUUGAGUCUUAAUGAAAUUUUGUUAUGAUCCUUUUGAAACCAUACACUGUUAAAAUCAAAGAGCCAUUGACUGCCUCUAAACUAAAGAAAAAUAUUUCCAAAACCUAAGUAAUUUGUCAACUUACGAAAUUUUCGCGGACUUAAUAUCUCAUCAAACAUUUCGACUAGGAAUGUUGUAACUCGGUUUAUGCGAAAAGUACCUCAAAAGUUCCUAAAACUUGUAACUAUUUCAAGAUAUUGGACAGUUAUGUUUGCAAGCUACACUAGGGUUCUUGAAUUAUUAGUUUACAAAUUAUGUAUGUGAACUAUCUAUUUCCAUUCUGCCUAAUACCAUCGAAAGUACGCUUUUUGUGUUUCUCUUGUGGUAUGAGAGAUAUAUGUCAAAAAGCAUCUACUUAUUCAAUAUGUUUGUGCAGUUGAUCACAAAUCCAAUGUCAUCCAUUAUGUGGGGUGGGACUCAUCAAUCAUCUUAUUAUUAAGUAUACCGAGCUACUCGUGAUUUCAUAUUUAACGUCUCACGUCUUGAACUCACCUGUGACAAAUGAAGUUGUUUGUUCUGAAUUUCUUUUAAUCUUUGACGUGCGUUCUAUAAGUCUGGGAACAUAUUGCUUCCAAUUUUUGAUAAGUACGACAUUGUUGCACUAAAUGAAACCAUCAAAUUUAGUGUUUGAAGAAAUAUUAAGUAAUCCAGUUCUUGCGAAACUUGAAUGGUUUACUGCUGUUAGUUCAUCUCAGGACCAAAUAACACUCAUUCGCGCCCAAUCCUCAAGUUUGGCUCAACGACGAGUACAAAAAUUUGCAAACUAGUUAGACUUUCGUGUUUGUCAUUGGCUUUCUUUUUUUCAAGUAUAAAAUAUGCUCCGAAUGAUCCCAUUUUAUGUGCUCUACUUAUUUGACUGGGUUUUUGAUUUAGUUUUAUAAACAUGCUAACUAAAAGAAUUCUUAGAAUUAAUAAAUCAAAAGUAGUGGAAACUGAGACCGGUUUGCUUUUCAGUAGGUUUUUACAAACAUGGUUAGGGAAAUCCUACUCACUGGCUUUACGUGUCAAGUUUGUUGUUCACGAAGUUUGUAGGACGAAAAGUGAAUGUCCAGCGCUUGAACCGGGUUAGUAGGUACGGAAAAUUAACCUAAGGGAGUCGAAAACCCCUGAUUCCAAACCAGUGGUGCAAGUGGGCUUCAGGAUCCUGAGGGAGCAAAUGGUGUAUGAACCUGUUCCUGGUCAUCGGAUAUCAUGUGACUACAUCUAAUGUUGCUCUACUGCCUUAUGGAUUGGAUCUCUAGGUCAAAGACUCGGUGAUUGGCCCCUUAAGAAAACCACCUUUGGUUUGUGCACUCAGGGAGUAUUCCGGCCCACAAACUAACUUAAUGUUAGCUACUUUUUGUGGCGCAUAUAUAUUUUGGUGCCAUUUUGUACCAAUGUUUUUGUCUAACUAAAUAAAUGAGUAAUAUGCUGUUACUUUAUAUUAUACUAUAAGUAUGAAUCAUAAUCACAAAGAGCAGAAGACAUUUAUGUUAAAAGUAUACAAAAAUAGGUGCGUGCAAAGUGUCGCUGGCCUUUAAUGGAACUACUGAGUUAACAAUAUAACGUUGUAUUUAAUUCUAAGUAAAUGUGUUUAGUCAGUCAGUGAUCUUAUGAAUUUACAUUAACUGACCUGAGUAAAGCAUGCGCGUUGUCUUAAAAAAAACAGGAUGUAGUCAUCUAAAUGGGUCUAUAAUCAGAUUGUUCUUCGAGAUUAGGGAAGAGGAUCGGUUGAUGGUGGGUUCAUAGAAAUGUUCCAAUGAAGGGACACAUUUUUGUAAACGUGAUUCUUAUUUGAACACUAGGUUAAUUUGUUUUAGUUGUAUGUGUAUUGUAAAACACACUAAAUCUGUAGUUGUCUAACGUUUGUUUAAAAGCAUUUGAACACAUUCAGUAAACUAGUUACUCACUCUUGUAUGCUAAGUAUAUUGGACAAGAACUAGAUACGUUUCUAUAAGUAAAUAAUUUCUCAUAAUAGAUGCUUAUUUUAAAUGUGAAAUUAUAUCUGAUCGAAAAUUCUUACUCUACUUUGUUUAUGACUUCUAAUUAAUAUAAUUUAUUGUUCAUAUCACUGUUUAGAACUUUAGAUUGACUCAAAACCAAUAAACAAUGUUUACUACAAUGGAUGUAUAUGAUGCAGCCCUAUCUAUCGGUCGUGAAUGCCAGUUAAUUGUUGAUGAGUAUGGUGAUGAUGUAUUAAGAGAUUUAAUGCCGAAAAUUGUCUAUAUUUUGGAAGAAUUAGAAGCUUGUACUAGUUAUUGUGAUAAAGAAAAGGAAGAAAUUGCACGCCUUCAAACAGUUGCAGAUGAACUUCGUCAAGAUCAGAAAUCUGACAUUAUACUUAAAGAUAAAUAUGAUAAAAGUUUGGAACAGCUUGAACAAAGUUGGUAUUGUGAAAGUCAAAAGUUAUUGCAAGAAAUUGCUGAAUUAGAACAAGAAAAUGUUCGUUUAACACAUCAUUUAAUUUCUUCUUGUCAUAAAGAGGUCAGAGAACAGGAAGAUCCCAAUAUCUUACAAAAUUGUGUAAUGUGUGAUGAAUCAAAUAUUAUAUGUCCAACAUCUCACCAGUCAAAAGUAGGUGCUUUUUUAUUAGCCACUGCAAAGUUGGGUCUUAAAGGUGUUUCAGCCAAUCUUGACACGGACAAAAUUUAUGACAACUUAAAAAUCAAACCUAGUGAGGAGGAAUUAUCUGAUAUGAUGUCUAGUUUACUAUUGGAGACGGAAGAAAGAAUACAGUUAACUGAACAAGAAAAUCGUGCAGCUGAUCUCCAACUUGUUCAACAACUAAAAGAAUGUGUAGCGAUUAAUUACAAAACUGCACGACAAAUUCGUCGUGAGUUAACUGAAGUUGGCGCUUCAUUAGAUGCAUCGGAAGAAGAAGUUUGUCGUUUAGCUCGUCAAAGCGGUCAAUUAUUGGCAUCUUGUGCCCCUCAUAGACGUCAAACUGGUCAAUUGGUGUCAGAAAAAGCCACACUUGAAACACAGUUAUGUGUAAAAGAACGAGAAUUGGCUAAUUUACUGAAAGAUUUAUCAAAUAACGAUACGCUACAUAAUGACCAAUCUGGAAUAAUGUCGAAUACAUGUGAAUCAAUACUACAACUACCUGCUGGACAAGGUUUAGAAUCAAUUAAUUUUGAACAAGAAUCAAAUACUACUAAUAAAUAUAUCUCUGUAGAAGAAUUACGUUAUCUGCUACAUGAACGAAAUGAACUUAAAUGUCGACUAAUUGAAUUGGAAGAAGAAUUGAGACUGUUAGAGUUAGAAAAUCAAAAGGAUCCAGAAGUAGAAGGACCUAUGUUGCCUGAACCACCUGAAAAACUUCGUCCAAAUAGGACAAACCGUUUAACUAUAAAAAUGAUCUUUGAAAAUCUUCUUCAUCAUUUAACUGAACGUGCUACAACCAUAUUAUCAUGAAGCUGGUUGGUUGGUUAUUAUCAUGAAUAAUAUUCCCUACACAAGAUUCUUUUGAGCUAUUAUGCUCAUUUAUGAUCCUAUUGACUUUUGUUUAUUUAUCUUAGGUUGCAUAAUACACAAUAAUUGUAAUAAGACUCAUAAUGAUAGAUAUAUAUAUGAUUGUAUCCGUCUGUGUGAUGUGUGUGUGUUUGUGCAUUUCAUUUGGAGUUGAUCAUUUUAUGCUUUCUAUGUUUUAGUUUCUAUUGAAUUAAAAGAAAAUAUUCAAUUGUUAUUUUUUGAAUUUUAUUAUCAUUAUUCAUAAUAUUUUGUUUCUUUUUGUGAAAUGUGUUUGUAAAAUUGAUUAAUUUUGUUUUUAUUAUUUUACAUCGGUGAUAAAAUUCAUCUAUUUUACUAAUACUACUUUAUUUUAAUUGUCAGUAGUCAUUCUAGUCAUGAAUUAAUUUAUUUGUGAUUUAUUUACUGUUUUGUAAUUUGUUUCAAUUCUUUUUAAAAAGAAGUUCUAUGUUAUUUAUUACUUAAUCUAUAAUUCAUUAACUCAUAUAGGCGCUUUUUUUGUCUUAUUCAUUUAAAUGAAUAAACUGAAUAUAUUCAAAUUAUU